AUGACACUUAUUUUUGAAGCAAAUGAGAACUUAACUACUCUAGCUGCAUCUAUUGAAGAAAUUCACCUUGAAACAAGGUCAAGAGAUCCUUCAGCUGUUGCAGGAGCCUCGAUAUUGGCAUAUCUAUCAAAUCUUAGAGAAGAUUUGAAAGUUGAUCCAGUUGUGUACAACGUGCUUCAUGAAGAUCCUGGCAAUGUUAGCUACUCUGUUGUGGGUGGCUUGUUUGAUCAAAUCUGGGAACUCAGGGAAUCUAUCAAGUUGCCUCUCAUGAAUCCUGAACUCUUCAUUAGAGUAGGGAUCAAACCGCCGAAGCCCAUUGUACUUAUUCUUGAGGCUCCCGCCAUACCUGUGCCUCCGCCAGAGGCUAGUGCUACCCCCGCUUAUUUGACGAUUCCUGUAGGAGCUGAGCAUCUCCAGCAGUUGAUGCAGGUCGUCAUUGAUGUUCUUCAGACUCGUCAACCCGUUCCUGAGAUGCCCAGUCAGGCGGAACAGGAGCGUGUGAGUCCCCUUUUGCGAGAUUCGACUCUGCAGCGAGCUCUGUUAGCGAUAUUUCUACUUCAGGGCGAGGCCAAGUGGACUAGUUCGCAGAGGGAUCGUGAUCAGAGGAGAGAUAGGGCAUCAGAGGCGCGAGUGCCCUCUUCCCUUGCCGCAGCGACAGUGGCUCCCGCCACCGAGACCCCGACAACAGCAGAGACCGCAGAUGCAGAGGGGACAGACACCUCCCCAGCCACCUCAACUUGA